AUGACCCAGAUACAGAACUUGUUGUAUGAUUCUUUGAUAAAGACACAACAUGUGGAGAGUGCCGCCCUUAUCAAGUUAAAAGAAGGGGUGGCCUUCACCUCACCUCCACGAUUUCACUUACAGCCUCAACACAUCCGGGUGAUCAUUGACGCCUUCAAGAACACGGCAGCCCUAAGAAGAGAAGGGCUUAACUUCCGAGAGAAGAAUUACAAUUGUGUCCGUGCUGAUAAGAGUUCUAUCUAUUCGAAAUGUGAUGAUGAAGGGGUUGUCAUGGUAAAAACAAAAUCCAACAUUCUGCUUGCUGUGUACCGGGAAGGAAUGUAUCCCAGCGUGUGUGUAGAAGCCACUGAGAAGUUAGGUUCCUAUUUCCGGGAGAAAGGAAUAUGA